CGCCUCGCAGAAAACCAUGGGCAAUUUCAAAGGGCACGCCCUCCCUGGAAGCUUUUUCCUUCUUUUUGGCUUGUGGUGGUCAGUGAAAUAUCCACUGAAGUAUGCCUGUCGAAAAAACAAGAACGUUUGCUACCUUGGUUCCAGGGCGGGAUUUCAGCGCCUGGAGUUUGUUGAGGGAAUCAUCAAAGCUGCCUUUGCCCUGAUCGGAAUGGUGGCUGAGCAGUUUGUUCCCGACGGACCUCAUCUGAAGUUGUACGAUUACGAGGAGAAGCACUGGGAUCACCUGAUGAACUGGCAACACGCCACCAUGUACCUCUUCUAUGGGAUUUCAGGGUUGGUUGACAUUGUGGCUCAUGGGACCGACGUGUUGCCAGCGGCCGUGGACAGGAUGAUGCUUUCCUUAGCAGCGUUCGUUGAAGGUUUUCUCUUUUGCUACCAUCUUCAUGGGAGAGCCAUGCUGGAUGUUCAUGUCCAUCAGUUAUUGCUAUUUGCUAUCUUUGGAGCUGCUGUUUGCAUAUUUCUGGAAGUUUUCUUCCGUGGCAGUAUUGUGCUAGAGAUGCUCCGUACAAGCCUCUGCAUAUUACAAGGCAGCUGGUUCUGGCAGAUUGGUUUUGUGCUUUAUCCUCCAAAUGGGAGCCCAGAGUGGAAUCAGACGGAUCAUACUAAUAUGAUGUUCCUGACCAUGUGCUAUUGCUGGCAUUACGCCUUUGCUUUUCUUAUACUCGCAGUGAAUUACACAAUCGUCAGCUGGGCGGUUCGUUCAAAGGUUAAACAGUCCCAGUCCAUGGAAAUGGGAUUACUGAAAACAUCUGAACGAGAUCAGGAGUCAGAAGAUGAAAUUUAGUAUGAAUAUGGCUUGACUAGUUUACCCGCUCUACCAUUAGGCUAACUGAUACCUCAUUUCUACAUUUGUUUGCCAUUUUAUUCGUUCUUUACUACAACUUGCUAUGUAAAUACCAUCCUCUGAGUACUGUCUACAUCUACACAGUUUUAUCUUUAUUUGUGGAGGGUAGGCUCGAUUUGCAGUGGUUGCACUAGUACCUUGCUUAUCCCAUGCUUCAAAGAAAACCAAACUAACAUUAGACAGACUUGGAGUGGAUGAGGUGGCAUGAUAAAGUCUGUGUGUUUGCCUCAUUAAAAGCUAAGCAAAAUGUU